AUGGAUACACCUGUCCCAACCUGGAAGGAGAUGGACACACCUGUCCCAACCUGGAAGGAGAUGGACACACCUGUCCCAACCUGGAAGGGGAUGGAUACACCUGUCUCAACCUGGAAGGGGAUGGAUACACCUGUCCCAACCUGGAAGGGGAUGGACACACCUGUCCCAACCUGGAAGGGGAUGGAUACACCUGUCCCAACCUGGAAGGGGAUGGAUACACCUGUCCCAACCUGGAAGGAGAUGGACACACCUGUCCCAAACCGGAAAGGGGUUGGACACACCUGUCCCAACCGGAUAGGGGAUGGACACACCUGCUUCAACCGGGAAGGAGAUGGACACACCUGCCCCAACCGGGUAGACUAUUGA